CGACUUUAGACGUUUAGAUUUUGUUAGGGGGAGCACAUUGUUGGCUGCAAUAUAGAAAAUCAUAUACCGCAUCAUACCACGAGAUAGCAGCGCAGCACAUACCGGACUAUCGACCCACUGGCAGCGGUCUCCAACUACUUACUAACUACAAAACAAAUCCAGCCAAAAAAAUCCCUUAAUAAAUAAAUAGUUAUUACACUCAAUAAUAUUUGAAUGAACAAAAUUGAAUUUCACUGGGGUAUUGACGUAAUUUACGAGUCAACCAACCAUUGAUGAUGAUAACAAUGAUGAACUGUGAAACCUCUUGCUGAAAGCCGGAAAGCAACUACUAUUAACAUACACCAUAACGCUGCUAUGUUGCAAUAGGGCGAUAUCGUCCGUCCAACCAACCAUACCACCCACCCACCACCACCAAUUUCAAUUCGCUAUUGAAUGAAUAGAAAAAACCAAACGCCAUAGCCAAAGGAAAGUGAAGAGUGCGCAACAUGUUAUAAGAAAUAAAUCGGGAAUAUUUUGUACGUACGCGGCCGUAAGAAAAAUCCUUAUCGCGUAUCCUACUGCUAAUGUUUAAUUAACAGAAAACGCUUCUGGAAGAUAAAUAACAAAACUUGCUUUUAUUUUUGUGAAAAAAUAAAAUAACAAGUUUUCGUUUCUUUUGCCACCACAAUUGCGGAUACUUGAAGUAGAAUUAAGCGUACGUUUUCCCAAAAAAAACAUCGUUUUUAAUUUGAAGUACAAAUUGCGCGUCUGUGUUUGUGUAGUUUGGAAGAGCAGACGAAGGUUCAAAUUUGAUUUGAUUCGCAUUUUAUUCUGACUCAUACAUAACGUUAUAAACAAACGCGUUGCAAGAAAUUAUGAUCGUGUAGUUUAUUUUUAAACUUCCAAAUCAUAACGCCGCCACCACCAAUAGAAUUAGAAUGUGAUACUGCCUCUCUUCGUCACUUAGAAAAAUUUCCCUGUCGUUCAAAUCAAUAAAACUAUAACAACACGCCGGUGUCUUACUGCUCGGUGAGUGCGGUGAAUGGCGUAUAACCAGCAGCAUCAGCAUCAUCAUCACCAGAUUUAAAAAUAUCAUUGAAUAUUUGCCAAAAGCCAACUUGACAUUGCUGUUUUGCAUUCCUAAUAAAAACUAGAACUAGAGCAAAUACUUGACGGAGGAAUUUUUUUGAAUAAAAUGUUUUGAUUUUUAUUGAACGUUAAUGCAAAAGUAGUUAGCUAUAUUGAGAACAACCAAAAAUCUGCGCAGAUCGUGUUCAAACUUAAUUUAAUAUGGUGGAGAAAAUACUGAGUGAAUCAAAUUCUAACAAUAAAUGGCAAGUAGUAUCGUAUGGAAAAUCAAAACACUUACCAAAGACAAUUGCAAAUGUAACGAAGACCACCAAUCUGAAGAGAAACCAAACAGACAUUAAGAGAAGACCAUCUGUGUCAGAAACGGCGAAAAGCCCAUUGCAAAACAAAAUUCGCCCCAAGCAACAAGAGAAUACGCAUCACCACGUAACUAAAGAUCGAAACGCUGUGCAAUUAUCUCAACAGCAGCAGCAGCAACACCAUCGCAAACGUUCCAAGUUACAGCAGCAGAUAAAACGCGCUCACCGCCAUCUGUUAACCAGUGGCGGUUAUGAUAAACAACAGCAACAUUCACGGAAUCAGCUGUCAUCAUCAGACGCAGCAGCCACAAAAAUUAAAAAAAUAAAAUUAAAGAAAAACCCAAAAGAAAUACAGAUUAACAAAGGUAACAGUCCGAAUAAUAAAGUAAUAAAGAACAACAACAACAAUAAUUCCAACAACCAUCCAGCUGGCAGCCAUCACCACAAAGGAGGUGGUAACAAAGCAAAACUGAAAAACACCCAUGCCAAUCCGAAGAAACUAAAGAAUUGUACAAACGAUCAAGAUUCCAUAAUAUCGUCGCGUUGGUGUUCCAUAGAAGAGCAAUUGGAUUUAUUGGAUAAACUGCUUUAUUAUUGUAAUGAAGAAGAAGAGAAUGCCGCUUUGAAGGCCUGGUACAAUUCCAUUAACAGAGAAUACCUACUGGAGACAGAUACAUCUGAGGAGAAUUCGGAAGGUGCCUUAAGCGAUUGUGAUUGGAGUUGGAGUGACAUGAUGAUGUCCUCCUCCUCCGCCUCGUCAGCCACAGCAACCAUUACAACGCCAAGUGAGGACGAUGCGCGUUCUACAAUCAGUAACAGUAGCAUGUCCACAUCGUCAUCGUCACUGACUCCUAGCUCGCUUAAGAGAAGGGGUCAUCAGCAUCAUCCCAGAUUUUCGGGCACCAGAAGACCCGUCGUUCCGCCCAACGUCCAAGAAAUAUUAGCAGCUCUUUAUAAGAAUAAUGAUAGUGCAUCAGAACAAGCAGAAGACAAACAACAACAUGCCACUUCGUCCUCCAACUUUGAUAUUGAUCCAUCGUACGAUGACAGCUUGGUAAGCUAUCCGGAUGACCCAGAAGAUGAUCCGGAAAUGGCGCAGCGCAUAAAAGCAUCACUUAAUUUGCCGUUGACUGAUUCAGUCACAACAUCAAUGGGCAGUAACAGUCCAACGCCUACUGAUGACAGUAGCAUGUUAGACGAAGGUGUGGUUCAGACAUCUACCUCAGGCUCUUCUUCCGCAAUUCAACCGCUCAGAGAAAAGAAGGCCAAGUCAAAGCGUGAUAAAGCAGACAAAACGUCGUCUGGCGAUACUAAUAAGGAGAAAAAGUCCAAAAAAUCUAAGAAAGAUAAGUCUAAACGUGCCUCAGCUUGCCUAGAUUCCAACAUCGACAUUUCAAAUGCGGCAUCCAACAGUGAUCUGGCAUCGGCAGCUACCGAUGAGGGCAUUGCGAUUGACGACGACGAUGUCCAGUCCGCAGAAUGGGCAAAUCUUCGAUGUACAAGCGAGGCGGCAGAAAUUGUGGCUGAACGAGAAGCCAGACGCAAUAAAAAUCGCUGUGCCGACUAUCCUGGUCUUGCCUUUGGCCGCUCCAUUUUCAGCUCCGAUACCAUGAUGAAAUUCAAUAUAAUUCGCAAUGAAUUGCAUAACAUCAUGAAUACACAAUUGAAACGGGCUGAAUCUGAAGUUGCCGCUUUGAACCGUCGCAUUCAAUUGCUCGAAGAAGACUUGGAACGUUCCGAAGAACGUUUGGGUUCUGCCACAGCUAAGCUCUCUGAAGCUUCCCAAGCUGCUGAUGAAAGUGAACGGAUACGAAAGGCCCUUGAAAAUCGUACAAAUAUGGAAGAUGACAGAGUAGCUGUUUUGGAAGCCCAAUUAGCACAAGCUAAGUUAAUUGCCGAAGAAGCGGAUAAGAAAUAUGAAGAGGUGGCCAGAAAACUAGUUCUCAUGGAACAAGACCUGGAACGUUCUGAAGAAAAGGUUGAACUAGCUGAAAGCAAAAUCGUUGAACUUGAAGAAGAACUCCGCGUCGUUGGUAACAACUUGAAAUCCCUUGAAGUUUCAGAAGAAAAGGCUACACACAAAGAAGAAACUUUAGAAUCACAGCUCAGACUUUUGGAUCAUCAGCUAAAAGAGGCUGAAGCUCGCGCUGAAUUCGCCGAACGUUCUGUUCAAAAGUUGCAAAAGGAAGUCGACAGGCUCGAAGACGAAUACAUUAUUGAAAAGGAGCGUUACUGCCUGAUUGGUGAUAGUUUGGACGAGGCGUUCAUGGAUUUGAUUCCCGGCUUGGAACCGUUCUACACACCACGCAAUCCCAAGCCACCUACGCCGAAACUACCCACACCCACUCCAGAAGAAAUUGCUGCUGCGGAGGCAGCUAAAGCUGAGGCGGAAGCUGCAGCAGCCGCUGCUGCUGCCGAAGCCGAGGCUGCAGCUGCUGCCGAAGGUGCCGCUGCCGGAGGUUCGCCUAAGGCAGAAGGUGCUGCAGGCUCGCCAGGCGCAGGCGAAGCGGCACCUGAACCGGCACCACCAAAGGAGCCAACACCACCACCACCACCUCCACCACCAUUUGAGUACGCUAUUGAUCUUCCUCCAGAAGGUGCUGAGGUACCAUUCGUUAAAAACUAUGAACCUCCACCACCUGGUUCCGAGCCCGCUGCCCCUGCUGAAGGUGCUGCGCCACCUGCUGAAGGUGCCGCUCCACCCGCUGAUGGUGCAGCACCAGCUGCCCCAGCUGAGGGAGCAGCACCAGCCGCUCCCGCUGAAGGGGCAGCACCAGCUGCGCCAGCCGAGGGUGCAGCACCAGCCGCUCCAGCAGAAGGUGCAGCUCCAGCCGCCCCAGCUGAAGGUGCAGCACCAGCAGCUCCGGCUGAGGGGGCAGCUCCGGCUGAGGGGGCAGCACCAGCUGCUCCCGCUGAGGGUGCAGCUCCUCCGACUGAUGCUGCUGCUCCAGCCCCAGCCCCAGAAGCGGCAGCGCCACCUGCCGAACCAGCUCCAGCUGAAGCACCUGCCGCUCCUGCGGACGCACCGCCCGCGGAAGCUCCAGCGUCCUAAAUAAAUUCGAUUAAAUAUUUGUCCGCGCACACCACAACCGCUAAAACAAUACUGCCAAAUUCUUUUUGUAAGCUUUGAUUGCAUGUCAUGACGCCGCACAGAAAAAAUUCCUAUUUUAAUGAAAUCCUAACAAAAUAACAGCCCUUACUUUGAACGAAGUUUGAGACAAUCGUUCAAAUUAAAAGCCAUAAAACGCCAUAACUGCCGAUACCAUUACUGCUGAUGCUGCUCCCGCUGCUUAGCUGAAGACAUACAUUGCAGCAGACGACCUUGUCUUGGAAAAGGAAAGAUACAAGGAUAUUGGAGACGAUCUCGACACCGCCUUCGUCGAACUCAUCCUCAAGGAAUAAUUUCGGAAACUUUAAGAUGUCUAAAUGCUCUGAGUCACCUGCGUAUCGUGUGUCCUGUUUUGUAACGGCAGUGCAGUUUUGAAUCGUAGACUUUAGAGCGUUUUUAGAACCCCCACCCCCCGUAUUUAAUAAUUUAUUUUUAUUUGCACUUUUUGGAUUUUGUUGUUUCAACUCAAACGAUAUUUUACUUUACACUUUAUAUGUGAAUUAAAAUGUAAUAAAAUCACCAGUACCAUUAUCAGCCAAGGAUAUACCCUCUGGUGUAUAUCGGAAAUGUAAUAAAUCUUCUUUUUAUUUUAUUUUUUUAAACAUACAUACAUACAUAAAAGUAUAUAAUAAUAAACAUUAUACAAUUUUGCAUAUCAAAAGAAAA